UUGAGAAUUGGGUACAACAAUGGCGGUGUGCAGGCUUUGCCAUGAGGUUUUGCCUGUGAAAAACCGCAGAACAAUUUUUACUCCUACAUUCGGGGUCUCAUCUCAACUUACAGAAGUUUUAGGUUAUACUCCACGAGAUGAUGAUGGUUUAUCAAAGUACGUUUGUGGGUUUUGUUUUUGUAAAUUGAACAAAUUGUCAAAGAUCGAAUUUGACUUGAAACACAAAGUCCAGACAUUGAAUGUCGAAAAGUCGUCGCUACUGAAGAGUUUACGGGACACAUAUUUAUCUUCCAAUGCUGCAAUAAAGUCCCCGCGACGUCAACAGUUCGUUACUUCAGAGUCGGCUCCGAGGACCCCUAAACUCCUAGACUCCGGGAAGCGCAUAACUUACCAUUCCCCUACACCACGGAAAUGCAAGAAACCUUUGUUGUUUACACCCAAGAAAACGACUGAACGAACAAUUCUGCCAAAAAGAACUGUAACAGAAGAAAAUAAAUCUGCAGACCCCCAACCAAAGCGAGUGAAUGUGAAAUUGUUCUCGCCAAGUAAAGUCAAGGUGAUGUACAUGUCUGCCAAUAAAAUCAAAAGCAGGGUUAUUCCACGAGGAGAUUUUCAGAGAAUAGUAAAAAGUGUGUCACAGCAUUCAUCAAAAGACAGAAUAGGCAGACUUAUCUACAAAUCUUCACUGAAAGAUUCAGUGAAUAAAUGUGUAUAUAACGAAGUUAACAAAGAGUGUAUGAACCUGUGCUCCAGGAAAGAUAUUUCCAUGCUAAGAAACUGCAGUAGUGAAAAUCUUGCUACAUUUUCAGCAAGCACUUUGAAUGUUGAAAUUCAGAAGAGAGCACCACUUCUUCAUGGGAUUUUACAGCAUGUCGUCAAAGGAUCUGAUUUGGGAACAGUUGUUACAGGUGCCAUCGCAUUGAAGUUCCGCAACAAGCAUUUAUCUGCUUUUCACCAUGUAGUAGCACAGAUUUUGGACCAUGGUGGUGCAACAGAUGAGACAAUAGAUACAUUAGGCAAGAUGGGCCUGUGCGUUUCCUCUUCUGCAGCAUCCAAACACAAGCAACAACUACUUGAGCGGAAAGCGGAAAAUAUCGAAAGUUUGAUGCUGAGAGAAAAGCUUGAAUUAGAAAAAACAGUUCAUAUAUCAGACAUUCUACAAAACUACAUCUGCGCAUGAUAAAGGAAGUCUUUGUCACCUCAGAAAUUUUGUCGGUAGAAUUGAUGGAAGUAAUUCAGAAGUACAGAGCCCAUUACUCUUUCAUGGAGGAUUGCCUGGAUUCCUAUAUUGUUGGAGCUUGCAUGCAUCUUUUAGAUUUGCCGGACAUUGAUGCAAUACCCAGCAGUUAUCAACCUCUCUUCGAUAUUCUUCCUGAAGAACAGCAA